AUGCCCAUUUGCAAAUCCGAACAACCUCUUCCAAGACUUAGCCGCCGCUAUCUGGUUAUACGAUUCGACGAUAUCGUGGCUGUUGUUAAUCGACCCGAUGAUUUCAGCUCGCGACCCACCGUGCCUGAGUUCCCCAAGCCGGUAAAGAUAUUGUUCAAGGACAAGGUACCUGAGAAAGGCACUUUACUAGCCUGGGACAAUCCGGAUCAUGACCGACUGAGGAAGAGUGUCGCCUCGUUCUUCGUUCCGCGACGCUUGCAGAGCAUCGUCACGAUUGCUGGUCUAGAUCCAGAGCGAUGGCAAUGGAUUGGCGAGUGCCUGACUCUCUUCGGGGGCAUCGCGAGACGAGAUGACGAGGAAAAUACCAGAAUUCAGCAGAAGAUCCAAGAUGUACUGGAUCUACACGAGUAUAUCCGCCAGGUCAUCCAAGAUCGAAAGGUGGAUCGUCGUGAUGACCUCAUUAACCACAUCUGGAAUGAACGUGAUGCUGGAACUGUAGUGAUAACAAACUUUGAGCACCUAAGCAUGAUUCCGGUAUGUGGGAUGAAGCUCAACGCAGGAGAUCGUCUCUUUGUCGCCUAUAACUCAGGCAGUCGAGAUGAGACCAAGUUUGAGAAUUCAGACAAGAUUGACAUGUUACACCAGUCAAAGACUCAGCACCUUGGAUUCGGGCGUGGUGUUCACGCUUGUUUGGGUGCACCAUUUGCCCGCCUUCUUCUGCGCACAGAACUAGCCGUACUGUAUGACAGAUUACCCAAUUUGCGUCUUGUUACUCCAUAUGAGGAGCUGCCAUAUGGAGAGGUCCAUAAAGGACGAAAUAUUAGCGAGACUUACUAUGCCUGGGACGUUCCACCCCCAGGAACCACACGGAAAGUCGAGAAUGGUUUAUCCACGCCGAAUGCUACGAGGCAAUCAACCGUAGUGCGAAACAUUCCUAUGGUGAUCCGAUCAGUCGAUAAACUGGCUCAUAACGUGAUGCAAAUCUCGUUACAACCGAAAGAUACCUCUCAACAAGUCAAGUGGACUCCAGGUUCUCAUAUCGACAUCAAGGUCGGCACUCUCGGAUAUCAUCAAUACUCAGUCUGCUCAGAGCCCGCAGAUAUGAACCAACUAAAGAUUGCGUACGUCAAGAAAAUCAAGAUGUCCAUCCGCGGGCCUCGAAACAACUUCAAGUUCAUAUCAGGAACACGUCGUACAAUUCUGAUAGCCGGAGGUAUCGGAAUAAUACCGAUAAUUCCUAUGGCAGAAGAAGCAACUACUAUGGGUGUUGACUAUAACAUCAUCUACUUAGGUCGGUCAAGAGCUGGCAUGACUUAUGUGGACAAGCUCACACAACGUCACGGGGAGCACGCUACAAUAUGGGCUACCGAUGAGCACAAAGGGACUCGGCUGAACCUUACAAAGCACUUCGGGGCUGAAGAUCCCAAUGGGCUACGCGUUUACUGCUGCGGUCCAGAAAAUUUACUUACAACUGUCGAGGCGGCUUUGGAACAUGCUCCGUCAGGAAUAGUCCACGUCGAACGGCUCUUUAAUCCUGUUGUUCCACUUAGUAGUUCGAACAGCGCAUUCGAUGUGCUGAUGGCCAAAAGCGGACAUGUCUUGCACAUCCUCGAGGACAAGACAGUUUUGGAGGUGAUCAAUGAUGCUGGUAGUAACAUCCUGUCUACCUGCAACAAAGGUUUGUGUGGAACCUGUGAGGUGAGAGUGUUGGAGGGGACGCCGGAGCAUCGAGAUGUCGUGUUGACAGCAGAAGAAAGAGCAGAGAAUUCUUCAAUGAUGACUUACGUUUCACGCUGUCGGAGUAAAAGCUUAGUGUUGGACUUGUGGUAG